AUGUCUGCUCCCUUAGGCUCCGAGACUCAGUAUUACCACCAUGGUCGUCUUCGCGUCAAGGGCGGCGUGCUCCCAGAUGCUAUUACAGCGUACAGGACUUAUGGCGACCCACAAAACCCUUGCAUCGUGUUUCCUACCUGCUAUGGCGCAAAGCUAGACAGUCAAUUAUGGAUGAUUGGCGAAGACAAGGUCCUUGAUCCGAGGAAAUACUACGUCGUCACCUUCGCCCUCUUUUCCAAUGGAGAAUCGUCCUCCCCAUCCAAUACACCCUCUCCCUACAACGGACCGUACUUCCCCGAAGUAUCUUACGAGGACAACAUCCGCGCGCAGUAUGCCGUAUUGACGAAGGAACUUGGUAUCAAACAUAUUCUGUGUGCCAUGGGCUUCUCCAUGGGCGCCCAGCAGGCCUACUACUGGCCCGUUGUCUUCCCCGACUACGUUGACAAAUUCGUGUCUAUAUGCGGCUCAGCUAGAACAAGCCCACACAACAAAUGGUACGCUUCCCCGCCAGUCAAUUCCACUAACCGUGAUAAAAUUCCGUUUCCCAGUUUCCUCGAAGGACCAAAAGCCGCUUUGGUCGCAUCCAAGGACUUCGACAACGGACAUUACUCGAGUCCACCUCAGCACGGUCUUCGGGCGUUCGGGCGGGUCUAUAGCGCCUGGGCCUAUGGCCAGACCUGGUACCGCGAACAUAAAUACCUUCACGACGGGAAAUAUCCCAGCCUUGAUGCAUUUCUCAAGGAACAAUGGGAACACGGAUUCCUCUCGAAAUGGGAUGCCAACGAUCUCUUGACCUUGUUGAACACCUGGAGUACCGGCGAUAUCUCCUUGGUCCGAGAUAACGGCAAUUUCGAGAAGGCCCUCAGCGCCAUCACAGCAACAGGUUUGAUUAUGCCCUCCAAGACUGAUCUUUACUUCACGCCGGAGGAUAACGAAUAUGAGGUUUCACACAUGAAGAACUCCAAGUUAGCGGUGAUCGAUUCGAUUUGGGGCCACUUCGCUGGUAACGGAUCCAACAACACAGACGAUGAAUUUGUACAGAAUGAGAUAAAAAAACUUUUGGAAGCUUAA